CUGCAUGCAGCGCGGGGUGGCCCGGCGCUCUCCUCAGGGCGGUGUCGGCCAUGGUGGGCGGGCGGAUGGCGGCGGCGGGAGAGCUGCUCCGUGAGCUGCUGAGGGAGGAGGCCCCGCCCCGCAUCGCGGCCCUCACCGAGGAGCUGUUCCAGGCGGCGGGGGCCCUCAGUGAGGCGGACGGCAGCGCGGCGGAGGUUGAAGAGGGUGCAAUAAGCCUGUGGAACUGGGCUGUAACCAAACACACAAGUUCUGUCAUCAACGAUGAGCAAAGAGCUAAAUUGAGAUUUGUUGCUUGCAGGCUGGUGUACCUUUGUGAAGGCAGCGAUCCUCCAGAGGGAACCAUUCGGAGGCAGAUUUUGAUGUCGAUGAAAACUGGUAAAGGGUGGAUAGAUAUUGGCAAAGCUGAUCUUGCUGAUGGUUUCCUAGAGAUUGCUAUAAAUAGCAUAGAAAAACUGUAUGCGAAAUUACGUAAGGAGGGCAAUGGUGAAGCAGAUAUUCAUGUGUGCAAAGCUGACGUGGAGAAGGACCUCUUCAAAGUGCUCUCUUAUCAGGCUGAAUCGGCAGUUGCUCAGGGGGAUUUUCAGAAAGCAAUGCAAUGUGUGCAGCGCUGCAAGGACAUGUUGGUGAGGCUGCCAAGAGAGACCCGUUACCUGGCAAUCCUCUGCUAUAACUUUGGAGUGGAAACCUAUGACUGUAAGAAGUAUGAACAGAGCUCCUUUUGGCUCAGCCAGAGUUAUGACAUUGGGAAGAUGGAUGUGAAGUAUUGUAUUGGGAAAGAAAUGCAGGCGAAAGUGCUGCGAUUGUUAGCUACAGCCUAUUUCGAGUGGGAUUGCAGUCUGUAUCUUGACAAGGCACUGAAGGCUAUAAACUUGGCAAAUGAGGAGAAUUUGCAUCCAGCAGGGUUCUUUCUGAAAGUUAAAAUUCUUCUUAAAAGUGGAGCAUCAGAUGAAGAUAUCAGCUCAGCUGUUACAGAAUUCCAGCACCAUGAGAUGUCUCUAGACUUUUGUCUGAAUACUGCCAAACUGCUGCUGGAGCAUGGAAGGGAAUCAGUUGGCUUUGAUUUUCUGAAAUCUGUUGCUGAACGAUUUGAAGCUUCACCUGACUUUGGAAAAGUCACCCUGCUCUACAUCGAGUUCUUGUUGCAGAAUAAGAGGGAGCUGCUUGCUAAGCAAAAGGUUGAAGAAAUUAUUAUAGGUCACUAUACUGGGAAACAGCUGUUGCCUGAAACCUUGAACCGACUGCACAUUAUCUUAUGGGACACAGCUGCCAAACAUUAUGAGGCAAAAAGCUAUUCUGAAGCUCUUAACUGGUACAACUAUUCUGUCAGCUUCUAUACACCUGGGCAGAUAGAUCAGAAUCUGGCUAAGUUGCAGAGAAAUAUGGCUUCUUGUUAUCUUCAUCUGAAACAAAUUGACAAGGCUAAAGAGGCAGUUAAAGAAGCAGAAAGAUGUGAUCCAAACAGCAUCUUUACUCAGUUCAGUGUCUAUAAGAUUGCAGUGAUGGAGAAUGAUACUGAUAAAGCUGUGGAAGCAAUUAUUGAAAUGGGGAAGCUAGCAGAAAAGCCACCUCAACAUGAAGACAAGCUGAUAGUGGAUGAAAAUACAAGCACAAACCUCCUGAGUUUGGCUGCCCACAUUGCUUUAGAGAAUGAUCAACAAGUUGUGGCCAUCAGAGCUUUGGAGCACCUGUCUGAACAUUCACAAGACUGCCGACAAGUAUUUGCAGCUUUAAAAGUUGUGGUUCCUCUUAUGUUGUCAAAAGUAGAAAAAGAAGAGAAAAGAGAUGAAGACAUCAAGUCAAUGCUGACUUAUUUGACCUUGGCUCAACAGAGACUUGCUGAACCUUUCACAGAAGAGAAUUUGACGAGAGAUGUAAGAACUUCAGAAGCCCACUGGUUUAGAAAAGUUGCUUGGAACUUAGCUGUACAGUUCAAGGACUGCCCUGAAAAGAUGAGGGAUUUUUUUGUACUGUCUUUCAAGUUGUCCCAGUUUUGCCCUUCUGACAAAGCUGUUCUAAUUGCUCAGAAGACAUGCUUGUUAAUGGCAGCUGCAAUUGAUCUGGAGCUGGGGAGACAAGAAGUAACACCUUCUGAGCAGGUGGAGCUUUGGAAUCAGGCUCUCCAACAUCUCCAGGCAUGCAAAGAGAUAUGGAAAGUUCUGAAAUUAACGGGAGAUUUUUCUAAAGACCCAACAGACACUUUGUUGCUGCUCUAUGAAUUUGAAGCAAGAUCCAAGCUUAAUGAUCCUACACUCAAUAACUUCAUGGAGUCAGUAUGGGAGCAACCACACGAGAUCAAGACACUAGAAAUCAUUGCAUCAUUAGCAAUGGAACCUCCAGCUCGGUAUCCUGUACUGUGUAAGAAAGCUCUGAAGAGUGCACUAAACCUGUACAGAAAGCAAACUACCACUGAUGCUGGGAAAUUUAGCAAAUGCUUACAUAGUUUGAUUAAUCUUUCUUUGCCAACUGGAGUGAUGGACUUGGAUGCCUGUGUACUGCAGGAGGUGUGGGGCUACUUUGAAGAUGCUCUGAGUGUAGUCAGCAGCACAGGUAGUUACCCAGAGAUGGAGAUCCUUUGGUUGAUGACAAGAGCCUGGAACACAGGAAUAUUUCAGUAUACCAUUGGUAAAUAUCAGGAAGCAGAGCAGUGGUGUGGAUUAGGAAUGCGUUUCCUCAAUCAUUUAGGAUCCCUGAAGAAAAGCUAUGAGGGCCAUAUGAUUGGUCUUUAUAGUGAGGUUCUGGAUAAACUGGACAGAGUAAAAGAGUUUCUUCCAAAUGAAGAAUAAUGAUAACCACAACUGCAGGAAAGGAGGACAGCAGUUGGAAACAUCCUUCUGAAGGAAAGAGGCUGUUAGCUCUGCAAGGGUGCGAGGGCACAGGAGCAGUGGAAAAGCAAGCAGGAUCUUCCUCCUGUUGGUAAUUAAGUUAUGUACUUUUCCGGAUGUGUUUAUUGAAUGUUGUUGUUUCUCUCUAGGAGAAUUUCAUUCUGUAGAGCUAAGUAGCAGAAAUAAAUACGUAAGUUUCUCUUGAGA